CUUUCAUUCAUUAGUUUGUCAACGGUUUAGCUCUCAACCAUGACAAUUUUGUGGAAAAAUCUUAACUUAAUUCACACAUUAAUCGGUUUAUUGUUUAUUUUUGAUUUAACGUCUAAAGUUGUUUCGCAAUAUAAUAACAAUACAAUACGUCUUCCAACUUUUAUUCAACCAAAAAAAUAUAAUCUUCAUAUUACGAGUAAUAUCCAUGACAAUGUUUUGACAUUUAAUGGAAGUGUGAUCAUUGAAUUUGCUGUCAAAGUAUCAACAAGUGAAAUUGUUUUACAUGCUAAAGAUUUACGGGAUAUAGUGAUUUGUCUUAUUGAAAAUAAAAAUAGGCGUUUUGAAAAUUUAAAAUAUAAAUUAGAAAAGGAUACAGAUUUUUUAAGAAUUUCGGCUCCUAAAAGACUAAAUUCUGGUGAAAAUUAUCGUUUGGAAAUUGUAUAUAAUGGAAAUAUACAAGAAGAAUUUUAUGGGCUGUAUAAAACUUCAUAUUUAGAUGAGUUUUAUAAUCAAUCAAUCCCUCUCGCAGUAACUCAGUUCGAAUCAAACAGUGCCCGUUUAGCGUUUCCAUGUUUCGAUGAGCCAUCGUUUAGGGCAAAAUUUGUCAUUACCAUUACUCAUGGCAGAUUUUACACAGCCUUGUCAAAUAUGCCAAUUGAUGGUCAACCCAGAUGGAACGCAAACAUGAUCACAACAACAUUCCGUGAAACACCUCCAAUGUCAACUUAUCUCGUCGGCUUUGUCAUUUGCAAUUUCAACUACAUCAGUGAAUUUGUCAAUGGAAUGGAACAUCGAACAUUCUUUCCACCAAAUGCCAAAGAUUUUGGAACACGAGCUUUAACAAACGCUAUACAAUCUGUAGCAUUUUUAGAAAGAUAUCUAGGAAUUGACUAUCCUCUACCAAAGCUUGAUCAUAUUCAUGUUAAAGAUUCAGCUGUUUCAGGAAUUUCUUGGGGUCUUGCUGUAUAUAGUGAUGAUGAAUUUUUACAAACUCUCGAACAUAGAGAUCAAACUGUCAAAAGGAUUGUUUUGCAAAAUUUCAUUAUCUCACAACAAUGGUUCUCGAAUAUGGUACCAGCUAAAUGGUGGUCAUAUAUGUGGAUUAAUUCAGGAUUGGCGACUUAUUUUAGUUACAAAAUUACCGAUUCGGUCUAUCCGACUUGGGAAAUGGAAAACUAUUUUAUUCUAAUUGAAAUGAAAGAUUUGAUGAAUUCUAAUGUUGACAAACCUUUGGUACGCGAGGUGGAAACUGUUAUAGAAUUGGAAGAAAUCACUUCUGAAGAUGCUCAAUAUCGAAUGGGUGCUGGUUUAAUAAAAAUGUUUCACCAUGCUAUCGGGGAUGAAACCUUCACCAAAGGCAUCAUAACUUAUUUAAACCAUUACAAAAAUUCCGCUGCUGAUGAAGAUGAUUUCCUCCGAUCAAUGCAAGCAGCUAUUAAAGACGAUUAUGUGUACAUCUUUCAAAAUGACAAAACCUUGAUAGAAGUCAUGAAAACUUGGACCCACAAUCAAGGAAUUCCAACAGUUAAGGUCACAAGACAUUACAAUGGAACCGUGACUAUCAGACAAAAACCUAACAGUAAUAAGUUUCAACAAAGAUGGUGGAUACCUUUGAAUUUCGCCACAGCUUCUAACGGAAAUUUCUCCCGAACUACAGCUGACUACAUUAUGCCCCCUUUUACAGAGGUCUCAAUAGACUUAGAAGACAUAAAUGUAAGCCUUAUGAACAAGGAUUGGUUGAUUUUGAAUAAACAACAAACAGGCUUAUAUUAUACCGUUUACGAUGAUCGGAAUCUUGAGUUAAUUGCUGAAGCUUUAAACAGGGAUCAUUCCUCGAUCCACAUGCUUAAUAGAGCGCUGUUAUUUAGAGACCUUAAGGCGAUUAUUGAUACUGACUUGGGAGCUAUUGAACCUGUCCUAAAUGCAAUCCAAUAUCUCAAAUACGAACAAGAAUCAAUGCCUUGGUUUGAAGGCUCCGAACUUAUCAAUGAAAUCUGGUCAAGAUUGAAAGAUGGCAAAGCUUAUAAUUUAUUUAGAACAUUCAUUCACGAUAUCGUUGGGAAUUUCUAUCACAAUUUCUUUGAGACUCCUUUGUAUGAACUAUCUUUUGCUGACUCAAUUGUUCAGAAAUCUAUUUAUAAGCUAGCUUGUGAGGUUGAAUUUAGUGAAUGUUUGGCACAUGCUAAACAUCAAUAUAAAGAAUAUUUCCAUCGUAAUUGGCCAAUAGAUGAAUCUAUGAAAAAGUAUAUGCUUUGUAAAGGUAUGCAAGGAUUUUCAUUGGAUGAAUUGAAGGAAAUUUUACAUCGAAUCCUUUAUAUCACUGUGAAAAUGACAAAGGAAGAUGAAUUUCUUGAUUCAUUGGAAUGUAUAAGAUCGCAGGACAAUAUUAAUUUGGUUUAUGAAUAUCUUCAAACAUAUAAAAUGAAAUUUAUUAAUUUAAGUGCUACGAGAAUAGAUACUUAUAUGAGUUUGCUACAUCCGUCAUUUAUGGAAUUGAAACGAAAAUAUGGAAGAACAAGAUCGAAGCGAUAUAUUGAUAGAAUCCAAAAUCAAAAGAAUGCAGAAUUCAAAAGCAAAUAUGAAGAUAAGAUUUAUAGUUGGCUUAAGAACUAUGAGUUGGAACAGCAAACUAAUAUUGACAGGAGAUUUGGGGGAAUCGAUUUGAGGAAUGGUACAGCGCAUAUAACGAUGACUUCAACGCGUCGGAAAAUUAGUUUUCUUCCUUAUUCUUGGUUAUUAAUUUUAUUUUGCGGAACUAUGUCUGCUUUGGACUCACCUAAUUUCAAACUGCCUUCAGCUAUUUUACCAACAAAAUAUUAUCUUCACAUCCAUACUCUUAUUCAUCAGAAUAUCUUAAAUUAUAAUGGAAGUGUUUCAAUUGAUCUUAUAGUUAAAGAACAAACGAAUGAAAUUGUUUUGAACGUAGACCAACUUCGCGAUUUAAAUGUUACUCUGUUAAAUGUUGAUAGUGGCCUCUUACUGGAAAGUCCUCAAAUUGAAUAUAAUUAUAAUGAAGUCAAACAAGAAUUAAGGAUUUUUUGGCCAAAGUUUCCUCUCAAGUUAAAAAUUGGCCAACAAUAUCGACUUAAAAUUGAUUUUCUUGGUGAUAUCCAAGAAAAGGAAAAGUUUGGAUUUUUCAAAUCAACUUAUUUGGACGAGCAUAAUAAUUCUGUUUCAAUAGCAACAACACAAUUUGAACCAACAAGUGCCCGGUUAGCAUUUCCGUGUUUUGAUGAGCCAGCUAUCAAGGCCAAGUUCGUUAUUAGCAUCACUCAUGGGACCAAUUAUUCAGCCAUUUCCAAUAUGCCAAUUGAUGGUGAGCCCGUUUUAAGUCCCAAUGCCGAAAUGAUGACAACAACAUUUUUGGAAACCCCAAAAAUGUCAACUUACCUUGUUGCAUUUAUUUUGACAAAUUACAACAGAUCAAGUAUUUUAGCAAAUGGACUUGAACAUCGAUUUUUCUAUCCACCAAAUUCGAAAAAUAAUGGUUCUAGAGCUUUGCAAAAUGCCGUCAAAACAGUUGACGCCUUAGAGAAAUUAUUAAACACUAAAUAUCCUUUGCCAAAAUUGGAUCAUUUUCAAAUUGACAAAUCAUAUGGACGUGCAAUGGAAAAUUGGGGUCUAAUGUCAUUUCAACAAAGGGACAUACUAUCCAAUCAUAGGGACUACAAUAAAUUGGAUCUACUUGAUGUGAUAAAUGUACAAAAUCAUGAAAUUGCACAUCAGUGGUUUGGAAAUUUAGUUACUCCUGCAUCGUGGAAUUAUAUUUGGCUAAAAGAAGGAUUUAGUUCGUAUUUUAGCUUUGUGGCAGCACAUUUGGUUUAUCCAGAAGAGAAAAUAUUCGAGUAUUUUAUCAUAAAUGAAGUUGAUUAUGUUACUUCCAUGUCACUUUAUCACUCGCUGUCAUGUGUUAUCAAGGAUGGACACGAAAUUAAGAAAUAUAUGGAUGUUGUAGCAUACAACUUAGGUGGAAGUUUUGUAAGGAUGUUUCACCACGCGAUUGGACAACCCACUUUUAUUAAAGGACUCUUCAAAUAUUUAUAUAUUUAUCAGUAUUCAGUAGCUGACGAAGAUGAUCUCUUCGAAGCAAUGCAAGCAGCAGUCGACGAGGACGAAGUGCAUUUAUUCCAAAAUAACCAAUCAGUUGCUAAUGUAAUGCGCACUUGGACUCAUAACCAAGGAAUCCCAACUAUAACUGUCAUUCGAAAUUAUGACAAUGGAACAAUAACAAUUCGACAGAAAUCCAAUUCUGACAAUAAAGACCAAAAAUGGUGGAUUCCAAUGAGUUUUGCUACUGCUUCGAAUCCAGAUUUUGAACGAACUGUUGCCGACUACAUUAUGCCACCAGAAGCUGAAGUUAAUAUCGACUUGAAAGAUCUAAAUAUAUCCCUGUCAAACAGUGACUGGUUGAUUGUCAAUAAACAGCAAACUGGGAUUUUCUAUGUUGUCUAUGAUGAUCUGAAUCUCAAAUUGAUCACACAAGCUCUAAAAAAGGAUAAAAACUCAGUCCACAUUUUUAAUCGAGCUUUGAUUUUCAGAGACGUUACUAAAACGUUCGAAGAAGAUCUCGAUGCAAUAGAGCCUGUUUUAGAACUUUUCUCCUAUCUCAAAGAUGAGGAAGAGUCUUUGCCAUGGUUCCAAGCUGUCGAUUUAAUAUUGGAACUGUUUCCUUUGCUUGAAGGCAGUAAUGUGUCAGAAAAGUUCAGAAACUUCAUAAACGAUAUAUUUAUUGGAAUUUAUGAUCAAAAAUACAAAAACAAUUUUUCCAACUUCACAGCAACAGAUUUAAAGACAAAAUCUAAAAUGAUGAAAUUAAACUUCGAAGUUGAUAAUUCGAAAUGUGUAAAUUUCACAACUACCAACUUCACCAAAAAUUACUUGCGAAGUGGAAGUGAAACCACGGUUAAACCAUGUAGAUUGAGUAUCUGUCAGGGCAUUCAAAAUGCUACUUUAGAAGAAUUCCAAGCAUUCUUCACUCGAAAUGCUGUAUUGGAUCAUGAAUCAAUUGAAUUUUAUGAAUUUCAAGCUGCAGUAAGAUGUGUCAAGGCGACAGAAGUAUUCCAAUACAUUUGGAAUACACUAAUUGGGUUCGAAAGUCGGGACUUACAACGGCUAAGUGGUGCUACGGUUAAUGAUUUGUAUGUUUCAAAUAAAUUCUUUAGAAAAUGGUAUUUAGAUCAUUAUACAUUUUCGGAAUUGGAAGAGGAGACUGAAGAGAAGGAUGAUGAAAUCAAUAAAGGAGAGGUAUUUUUGAAUAAAUACGAAAAUAACAUUAAUACCUGGCUUGAAAACUAUGAGAGAUUUAAGGAAACGAAAUAAAUUAUUUCAAAAACAGUUGUGAAUUUAAAUAAAAAAAAAUAAAAUUGAUUUUUCUUUUACUGCCAAAACUAUGGAAUUUUUUAAGUAGCAAGCUUCAGAAAGAAACAUGAACAACUAUUAAAAGCUUUGAAAACUUUGUUUGUAUUUUUGAAAAAUGGAAAUUUUUAAUUCGACGAGUGACUUUUCAAAAAAU